AUGUCUGUAGAUAUAAUUGCUCCAAAACCGAGCUGGGCAGACGAAGUUGGAGAAGAAUUUGAUUCACUUCCCUUCGAAACUUUUACCGACGAAAAUGGUAUUAAAACUGUCAUCGAAUACAAAACUAAUGACGAGGGAAAAAAAGUAAAGGUUACAAGAAAGAUCAAAAAAACCUUGAUUACAGAACGUGUUAAUAAAGCUGUUGCUGAAAGAAAGAAAUGGGCAAAAUUUGGAGAAGAACGUGGUAAAAAAGUUGGACCUGAUCUUAGCACUACAAGCAUUGGUGAACAAGUAUUCUUAAAGCUUUCAAGUAAUUUCAAGCAAGCCGAAGCGGCUGAGGAAAGUCUAGCACGUCAAAAAAUACACAAAAAGAUUCUUUGUCGUAUAUGCAAAGGUGAUCACUUCACUACUAAAUGCCCAUAUAAAGAUACACUUCAACCUUUAGAUGAGAUUAGUACUACUAUCCCGGAUGCAUCAAAAGAUGCUGCACCUGCCGCAGAGCCGGUUCAACCUGAUACAACUAGUGGUAAAUAUAUUCCACCAAGUUUACGACCAGGAAAUAAAGGUUCUAGCUCAGACUCGUUUAAAGAGCGUAAAGACGAUGCCACCAUUCGUGUUACAAACCUGUCAGAAGACACUACUGAGGCUGAUAUACAUGAUCUCUUUCGUCGAUUUGGUGGUAUUUCUCGAGUUUAUCUCGCUCGUGAUCGAGAAACAAAUGUUUGUAAAGGGUUUGCCUUUGUCAGUUUUCAAAUCCGUGAUGAUGCGGCUAGAGCAUUACAGGCUAUUAACGGUUAUGGUUAUGACAAUUUGAUUCUUCGUGUUGAAUGGGCCAAGUCAUCAUCUUAA